AUGCAAAAGCCCUCUAUCCUCGAGAUGCUGCGCAAAGUUCUUCCGCUUUCCAGCUUUGAUCUCUUCGGCGAACUCAGCCCAUUCCUUCUCCGCCUCUUUCGUCCUCCAACCCUGUCAUCAAGGCACAGUCCAAGGACAAGUGCCAUUCCAGGGUCAUUCACACACAACUUGCUCGUGAGAGUAGAACACCGCCAAAUUAACCAUGCAGUUGAAUUUCCUGCUGCUACAUAUGACUUUGAAUCAUUUCUCUCUCAGGCUACCCCAGAUGAAGAAGUGGUACUCCAUGGCUAUCUCGGAGUACGUAAAGAUCUAUCCAAGAAGCUUGCCUUUGUGCGCUUAACAGACCCAACGAUGAGGCAUAGCAUCCAGCUAGUCUCGCUAGCCAAGAACGGUGCUUUAGAAAAGCUCAAAGCUGUGCGUGCAAACAGUCCCGUUGCUGUUCGAGGAAAGGUCAAGGCGAAGCAGGCGAAAGGCUCCGAGAUGGAGAAGACCGAUCCCUGGGAAAUUCAAGUUGAUGAUAUUCGAACACUAAAUGAUUUUCCAAGUGAUAUCAUAAUGAAGUCCGACACUGUUUUCCCCCCCAAGCAGCGAUUCCUGCAGUUGCGUUCGGACAGUGAGUUGCGUGAUGCACUGCGAUUCCGCGCUCAAGUGCACAAUGUCUGCAAAGAAGAGCUGGAACAAUGUCGACCACCGUUCGUGGAAAUCGAAACGCCUCUUCUGUUCAAGUCGACACCCGAAGGUGCUCGUGAAUUCCUUGUGCCAACCAGAAAGCGCGGCUUGGCAUAUGCUUUGCCUCAGAGUCCGCAACAGUAUAAGCAGAUUUUGAUGGCGAGCGGGAUACCAAGAUAUUUCCAGUUCGCGCGGUGUUUCCGCGAUGAAGACCUUCGUGCAGACAGACAGCCGGAAUUUACUCAGCUCGAUAUGGAAAUGUCUUUUGCCACUGGGGAGGACGUUAUGCGGACCGUAGAAGGGAUCAUACGCAGACUGUGGUCAACUUUGAUGAAAGACCCCGCGCCAUCGGGCCCAUUCCAAAGAAUGUCCUACCAGGACGCCAUGAGUCGCUAUGGCUCCGACAAGCCCGAUACUCGGUUCGGAAUGGAGAUCUCGCGAAUUGAGCACCUUCUUCCGGUGGACCUUGUCAGCAAGAUUACACCCCUGACCCUUCCUAUAGUUGAGGUUUUCAAGCUCGAAAACAACGAGAAUGACCCCGCCGCUAUGUCCGAAUUCAUCUCUCAAUUCCUUGACUCUCCAGCCGGAGUGCCGUUCAACAACAACCCAGAAGGUGGCCCAGGCAUUUUCGUGUACGACGCAAAGAAGCCCUUAUGCGGUUUGCAACCGUUUGGCUUCGAGGCCGCCGAGUACUUAGAAGAACUACUCGAGCUCGACCACGGCGACCUCAUCGUAAUUCAAGCCCGUGAAAAAGCGCCUUUCUCCGGCGGCUCGACUCCAAUUGGUGACCUCCGUCGCGCCCUCCACUCCGCAGCUGUCUCAUCUGGAUUCAAGCCUGCCCCUACCGGCUUCGACUUCCGCUGGAUAGUCGAUUUCCCCCUCUUCUCUCCCUCCAGCGACUCCGAGCCCGGCCAGGGAGGCGCGGCCGGAAUCUCAUCCACGCACCACCCUUUCACGGCCCCCAAGACUGCCGCCGACGUCGACCUCCUCCUAACAGACCCCACAAAGGUCGUCGCCGACCACUAUGACCUCGUCGUCAACGGCGUCGAACUCGGCGGUGGCAGUCGCCGUAUCCACGACGCUACGGUCCAGGAGUUCAUCCUCCGAGAUAUCCUCCAGAUGCCCGCCGAGCGGUUAGCGGACUUUUCCCACCUGCUAGAAGCUCUGCGAGCCGGGUGCCCACCGCACGCUGGUUUGGCGCUGGGGUUCGACCGUCUUGUCGCUGUGAUGCUGGGUAAGGAAUCUGUGAGAGACGUUAUUGCGUUCCCGAAGAUAGGCAAGGUUGGAGAAGACCCGAUGGUUAAGGCGCCUAGCGUUAUGACUGAAGAGGCAUUGGAAACAUACCAUCUUCAACUCAAGGAGUGA